GUAAAUUAGACACCGCCUUUAGCAUUUUACGUUUAUGGUAUUUCGUGUUUGUAUAUUUUAUAAGAUUUUAAAUAAAUAUGAAUAUGUGUAGUGAUAAUUAGGGCAUUUAUUGAACAAUUUCAAGCAAUUGCCGAAAAUCCUUUAAUAUGGAAGUUGACGCAGAUGCUGCGUCGGAAGCGCUGAAAGAUUCGGCACCAAGAUCUCCGUCUGUUCACUCGAACAGCUCGGAAAAGUCCCAUAAUGAAAGUGCAGAACUGGAGACGCCGAUGUCUCCAGAAGUGAACGGUACCUCUGUCAGAUCACGUUCUAGAUCGGUCGGGUCAAACGCAAGCAAUGGAUCGGCGGUGAAAAGUGUACGUUCUCGUUCCAAUUCAAAUUCCUCGUAUGAAGCACGGAAAAGUCGAUCUAAAUCGCCAUCACAAGAUUCGGGCCAUCGGUCAAGAUCUGGAUCGGCUCGUUCCCGCUCGAGGUCACCUAAGAAAUGUGCUUCGCCUGCUAAAUCAAAAUCACCGGGAUCGCGCCGAAGUUCACGCUCACGUUCCGCGUCAGUCUACUCUAGAACUUUUCACUCGCCAUCUCGAUCGAGAUCGAAUUCGAAAGCAUCGAAUCGGUCCGGCUCCAAGGCUUCCAAUCGAUCUCGAUCCGGGUCCAAAGCUUCUAAUCGGUCGCGGUCCGACUCACAAAAGUCGAAUCGGUCACGAUCCGGCUCGCAAAAGUCGAAUCGUUCUCGAUCCGGGUCAAAUGCCUCAAGAGUGUCUAACCGUUCCGGCUCCAGAACUUCGCGUAGAUCACGUUUGGGUUCAAACCGAUCAAGAUCGGGUUCCAGGGGAUCUAAACGGUCGGGAUCACAUCGCUCGAGAGCAUCGAGUCGGUCGAGGUCGGGCUCGCGUGCAUCACAUCGGUCCAGAUCCAGAUCGCGUUCGGGUUCGAGGGUCUCCCAACGAUCUAGGUCGGGUUCUAGAGGUUCCAAUCGAUCGAAGUCAAGAUCACGUUCUGGCUCUCGCAAAUCAAAGUCAAGAUCCCGUUCGAGAUCCGGUUCUCCCAGAUCCAGAUCCGGCUCUCGCCGAUCUAGAUCCGGGUCGGCCAAAUCGGGAAGAAGUUCGCGUUCGGGCUCGAGAAAGUCCCGUUCCGUGUCACGGUCAAGAUCUAGGUCGGGCUCGGCACGAUCAAGAUCCGGUUCGCGAUCGAAGUCAAGGUCGAGAUCUCGUAGCGGGAGUCGCGCACGGUCCCGCUCUCGCGGCAGUUCCCGUUCGCGGUCGGGAUCUCCGGGGCCGGCCGAAAAGAGAAGGAAAAUUUUGUCGGACUCCGAAAAUGAGGAUGGGGCGGCUGGUGCGUCUAAGCGAAUAGUGAGUGACGACGAGGGUGACGGUACUAACGUGGAGAGCACGCCAACUGAGAACGUCGAGCCGCGGGAAAUUGUGCCGGAGGUCUCGGAUGAUUCGGAUGACGGAAUUGAUCCCCAGCGAGGCGGCAAUAGCGAGGGCGUUUCCGAUUUUGAGGCGAUGCUCCAGCGGAAGCGCGACGAGCAGUCGCGAAAACGGAAACGCAAGGACAUCGACAUCAUUAACGAUAACGACGACAUUAUCGCGCAACUUCUGAUGGACAUGAGAAACGCGGCCGAGGACGACCGAAGACUGAAUCAAGCCAUGAAGCCGGCCACGAAGAAAAUCGCAAUGCUCGGUAAGGUUAUGUCCCAGUUGAAAAAGCACGACUUGCAGCUGGCCUUUAUCGAGCACAACGUCCUUAACGUACUCACUGAUUGGUUGGCGCCUAUGCCCGAUAGGUCUAUGCCGUCUUUACAAGUUCGGGACGCUAUCCUAAAACUUUUGACUGAGUUCCCGCCAAUAGACCAAUCAACGUUGAAACAUUCGGGUAUAGGUAAGGCUGUGAUGUAUUUGUAUAAGCAUCCGAAGGAGACAAAGGAAAAUAAGGAACGCGCCGGGAAGUUAAUCAGCGAAUGGGCGAGACCGAUUUUUAAUUUGUCCGCGGAUUUCAAAGCGAUGUCGAGGGAGGAGAGGCUACAGCGCGAUAUGGAACAGAUGCCCAAGAAACGCAAGAGCGAAGAUCAGGUCUCGCAACGUAGAAAGGAUAUCAACAAGGCGAUGACGUCGUCCGAGGGAAAAGCACUACGGCCCGGUGAUAAAGGUUGGAUAGGUCGCGCGCGCGUUCCCGUACCUUCGAGUAAGGAUUACGUAGUGCGGCCGAAGUGGCACACGGAUGUCGAUAUUAGUAGAUCGACGAAGAAGCAAAUGAAUCGAUUCGAAAGGCACUAUAAGAGUUUCGUCGAGGGACGACGGCAGAAGAAACAGCGCGCUGUUGAAAUUUCGAUUGAAGGACGAAAUAUGGCCUUGUAAAUUUAUGAGUAUGUGAGUUCGUUUCCCAUUCGUUUUCCCGUGUUCCCGGGAUGCAAUCUUCCUAAUUUUGUUCGUGUAUUGAAACAGUUUCAGCUAUGUAGGUAGUAUAUAAAUUAUUUUUUAGGAAAUAUUUCAUGUACAAUAUUUUUAUUUGUAUUUUAAUUAAAGUUGCGUUUUCAAACUAUUUUAUUAUGACUGAAUAAAUUUGUCUUUGUUGUC